AUGCCUCCAAGUGUCUCGAUAAUCAUCGUCGGCGCUGGCUUAGGCGGCCUCGCAACUGCCAUUGGACUGCGACGCGCUGACCACCAGGUCACUGUCCUGGAGAAAGCGCCUGCUCUUGGAGAAAUCGGAGCCGGCAUCAAAGUCCCGCCGAAUUCAGGCCGUGUCUUCAGAGAAUGGGGUCUUCUGGAUGAAGUGCACAAGAUCGGCAUCUGCCCCCAGGAGAACAAGAUGCGUUCCUACCGCGACGGUGAGGUAUUGUCAACCAUGCCUCUGGACGGCACUUGUCGGGAUAAAUUCGGCCUUCCCUACUUUGUCGUCCACCGCGUCGAUCUUCAACAUAUGCUGGCCGCUGCCGCGGAGCGUGAAGGCGCGGUAAUCGAGUUCAAGAGGGAGGUCACCGGUGUGCGCGGCAUCCCGGGCGAGGCUUUCGUCCAGCUCGCCAGUGGAGAGGAACUAGUCGCAGACGUGGUUCUGGGCGCGGAUGGCGAGCGCUCUCGCGUGCGCACCUCGCUGCUAGGCCAAGAAUUUCGCUGGAGAGAUAGCGGCGACCACGUCUUUCGCGCGACGGUGCCCCUUCAAACCCUGCAGGGAGACGAGGAACUGAAAGAACUGGAGAAGGGAAUCAAUUGGUGGAUCGGCCCGCAGGGCAACGCGCUGACUUACCCGCUCAAGCGAGGCGGGCUCCUGAACAUUGUCAUCACCCAUGUCCACCCCCUAGAUGCGAUAGUCGAGUUUGCACCCAGGCCCAUUCCCCAGGCCGACGUCGCCAACGAGUUCGAGGGAUGGGACCCCCUGUAUCAUCGUCUGCUAAGCUUGACCACGACGUGUGCCCGCUGGACCCUGCUCCACACCGAUAUGGCGACCCAGUGGACAGGGGAAUCAGGUAACAUCGCGCUAAUGGGAGAUGCCGCGCACGCAAUCCUACCUUAUCUCGCCCAGGGCGCAGCUCUGGCCGUCGAAGAUGCGGCGACGCUGAGUGUCCUCUUCGGUUCCAUGAAGGACAAGUCGCAGAUUCCUGAUAUCCUGACCGUCUUCGAGACCAUCCGCAAGCCUCGAGCGGUGGAGAUGAAUUGCCGUGUUGGCAUGGCACGCGACAUCUGGUCCAUGCCGGAUGGUGCCCUGCAGCGCGAACGGGACCGCCAGCUACGUGAGUACGAGCCCUACGAUGGGUACCCCAACGUCUUGGCGGAUCCGGCCCUCACGGAGUGGGCGUUUGGCUACGAUGCCUUUGAGGAGGCACGCAAGGCGUGGGAUAAGUUUCAGAGGGGGCAAUUUCCACAUACCAGGGGAACCUGGAAAUUGAACAGCGACUGA